AUGUCUGACGCGCAAGCAGAAGUCGAGAAACUCGGUAGCAGCAGCAGCAGCGAGGAUUCUGGUUCUCAGCGCGCAGAAAUCUUCGACCGUCCGACAGGAUGGAGAAGAUACUACUAUCACCCCAUAACGCAGGUGUCGAUGUUGGGAUUCGUGUGUUUCAUGUGCCCUGGCAUGUUUAACGCGCUUACUGGUCUCGGAGGUGGAGGUCAAGUUAACAGUAAGGACUCGGCAAACUCAAAUGCGGGCGUGUAUGCGACUUUUGCGUUUUUUGGGUUCUUUUCUGGUUCCGUUAACAAUGUGAUUGGUGCUCGACGGACUCUGAUGUUUGGGACCUGGGGCUAUUCGUUGUAUAUUGCCUCCUUCCUCGCCGUCAACAUUCAUCCUGGCGCGGGUGCUUUCGUUGUCGCAGUCGGCCCCAUCCUCGGUGUCUGUGCAGCUUUUCUUUGGACGGCGCAGGGCUCGAUGAUGAUGUCAUACCCCACUGAGGCCCAGAAGGGCAUGUUCAUCAGUAUCUUUUGGGCCAUCUUCAACCUUGGAGGGGUUGUCGGGUCUGCUGUCGCGUUUGGAACCAAUUUCCACAAUACGGCCAACGGCGUUGGCAAUGGCACAUAUGUUGGCUUCUUAAUCCUGACUCUUAUCGGCAUAUUUAUCCCACUGUUCAUGGCGAACCCAGACAAAAUGAUCCGCACUGAUGGAACUCGCGUGAACCUGGUCCGCCAUCCAUCCUGGAAGACAGAGUUUUUGAGCCUGUUCGUGGCCCUGAAGACUGACCCCUGGAUUUUGUUACUCUUUCCGAUGUUCUUUGCCAGCAAUUACUUCUACACCUGGCAAUUCAAUGAUUACAAUGGCGCGAUAUUCAACAUCCGUACUCGAGGUCUCAACAACUUCAUGUACUGGACAUCACAGAUCUUUGGAUCCGUCUUCAUUGGCUACUUUGUCCUUGACUUGAAGAGGGUCCGGCGCAGAGUCCGUGCCUUAUAUGGCUGGGUCAUCGUGUUCUUCAUGGUUUUCGUCGUCCACGUCUGGGCAUACUUCUACCAAAAGACAUAUACCCGCGCUCAGGAGGCUGCGAAGGGUGCUUACAAAAUCGACUUCUUGGACAAGAACUACGCUGCCCAUGUCUGGCUCAUGAUCUUCUAUGGCUUCCUGGAUUCAAUGUGGCAGACAUAUGCAUACUGGCUGAUGGGCGCAAUGUCGAACGACCCUGCCAAGCUGGCAGUGUUCACUGGCUUUUACAAGUCCCUGCAAUCAGCAGGUGCAGCAGGCGUCUGGAGUGCUGAUGGUGCUAGUGCCCCAUACAUGAACAUAUUCCUGUCGACGUGGUGCCUCACGGUUGCUGGUAUGAUCUUCGCCGCACCGAUGGUAUACCUUCGCGUUACUGACCACACGGAGAUUGAGGAUGAGGCUCUGAUGCAAAUGGCUGGCGUGGAACGCAUCGAGGCUCCAGUGGUUGCGACGGAGGAGAGCACAUGA